UGUUACUUCAAGGAAAAACUGAACAAGUACAGUGACAAGUGGUUGCAUGCUCUUGCUGCUGGCCACAGGCUAGAUUUGUACUUAGAGAAGAGUACAAACUCCACAACCAUGUGUGGCCCCUGGUGGUCUUUUCUCCUGAUGUCACACCUUGUUGAUGUCAACGAUGUUGUCACCUUCAAGUUACCUACUGAAGAUGACAAUGAAGAUGUGAUUUCUGAUGAAGAUGCAGAAGUUAUGGAGUAUGAAGAAGAGGCUGGUGAUGGCAUCUUCGAAGUAACUGUUGCAGAUCCUGAUGGAAACCAAAAACCCUUCUAUCUUAUGAAUGGACCAAUUUAUGUGCCUGAAGAGAUCAGAUGCACACUUUACAAGACAGUUUUCACAAACAUGCAUGCUGUUGGUGAAGCAGACAUGACUGAGAUAGUCUGGGAAAUGUACAAGGAUGCCUCAAAAGAUGUGGACUCAAUUGAUGAGCUUCAGUACUUUGUUCACAGAGUUGAUGCAGUUGAUUGUAGAUCAAAAAGUUUGGCACUGCCAGAGAACCUUGUCCAUGGUUACAAUUACCCAAAGAGGGGAAUUGCAAGAGUUUCUAGCAGGACUGUGAGUGAAGACAUUGCUGGGCAUUACUUCAUUCAAACUGGGGUCCUGGGCAGGCUGGUCGUCUGGCUGAAUGAAGAAGACUUGGAAAAAUUCUGUGAGGCCAACUCCAUAGUUAAAGGCUCACUUCUUCUGAUCAGGGUUGAUAUGAUGCAAGACUACAUUGGUGUCUCUGUCCACAAGAUAGAAGACAUAUAAUAGGCUGAUUCAAGCUGGUUGCUGACUGAAGAUGCUUUAGUUUAUGUUGGUGCUUUUGACUGUAGUUUGUGCAGUAUGUAAUUACUGUUAGUUUGUGGAAGACAUAUGGCUGGUGGUUACUUUUGUUGAUGUGCUGCAAUGGCACACAUCUUGUUGUUGGCUUAUGUUGAUGUGCUGCUAUGGAACACAUCUUGUUGGUGUUUACUUUUGUUGAUGUGCUGCUUAUGUAAGACUACUGUCAUUAUGUUGUCCAGUCUUUGUAUGACCUGAUGAUGGCA